CCCGCGGGCGCGCCGCGUCGGCGCCGGAGCGAGCGCGAUGGCGACGUUCGCGGCUCCGACGUCCGCGGAGGAGGAAGAGGCGCAGCUUCAAGCGGCGCUGCGCGCGAGCGAGGCGGAAGUGGACGCGCGCGCGCACGAGCUCGAGCGCCAGCGCGCCAACUCGCGCCGCGCGCGCGAGGACGCGGUUCGCGCCGCGCAGGCUGCGGAAGAGACCGCGAUCCGCGAGCGGAACGCGCGGCGGCAUCACGCGACGACGACGGCACCGCGGCCUCCGCCCGCGCAUCGCCAUCAUCACAACACACACGCGCCGCCUCCGACGAACCUCCCGCCCGGGACCGUCCUCGGCGUCCCGGUGGACGCGCGGUAUCGCGCGCACCCGACGUACGCGGACGAAGAGACCGCGCUGGCGGCGGCGCUGUCGCUGAGCGAGGAGGAAGAGAGGAAGCGGCGCGCGUUGUUGGAGGCGCAGCGGCAUCGCGCGGCGCGACCGGAUUUCCUUCGCGGCCUCGACGACGCGCGGCGGCGGCAGCGCGAGGUGGACGAGCUCGAGGAGGCGCUCGCGCGGAGUAAGGAGGAGGCUGAGCUCGCGGAGGCGCUGGAGCGGAGCGUGCUCGAGACGGGCCCGCCGAGCGCUCAGAGCCGUCGCGGUGCGCCGCGGUAUCCGCAUCCGUCGAUCGACCCGCUGACGGAGGAGGAGCGCGCGGACGUCGCGGCCGCGGCGUUCCGCGCGGCGGCGUUCGGGGAGGAGGAGCCGCCGGCGCGCGCGGCGCCGGCCACGGCGCCGCCGGCGCCGCCUCCCACCGCGUCGCCGCCGGAAGAUGGAUGGACGUCGACCGACGCGACGGCGACGGCGACGGGCGCGAGCCGCGCGGCGAGGGCGGAGGCGCGGCGAUCGCGAUCUCGACGGCGCUUCCACGAGGACUCGCGCGCGGUGCUCGAGAAAGCCGCGGAGGAGCGCAAAAACGCGCUCGCGAAGGAGGCCGCGGCGAGGAAGGAGGCGGCGGCGAGGCGGGAGGCGGAGCGGAGGCGCGCGGAGGAAGAGAGAGCGGAGGCGGCGCGCGAGCGUCUGCGCGCGGAGAAGCGUCGACGCGAGAGAGACGCGGAGAGGGCGCGCGCGGCGGCUGAAGCGGCGGAGGCGGAGAAGGCCAAAGCGGCCGCCGCGACGACGGUGAGGGCGGCCGCGGCGAGGGCGGAGGCGACGGAGGAGGCGAUUCGCGCGCGCUGGGCCGCGAGAGUCGCGAGGGACAUAGGCGAAGCGGACCUGCCGCGCGCGUUGGCGACGUUGGGGCACGCCCCCGCGGACGCGUCCGUCGCGUCGGCGCGAAGGGCGUACAAAAAAGCGGCGCUGACGUUCCACCCGGACAGGAACGGUGGGAAGUCCGCGGAGGAGCGCAUCCGGGGCGAGGAGGUGUGGAAGCUCCUGUCGCAAAAGUACGAGGAGUACAACGAGGGCUCGUCGUGA